UACAUUAAUGCCAAUGGUUAUGGCUGAUCAACACAGGCAGAAGAAAUGCAUGAGUAAAUUAUUAGAAUACAGUGCUGAUGUCAAUAUUUGUAAUAAUGAAGGCCUUACAGCAAUACACUGGCUGGCUGUGAAUGGGCGGACAGAACUACUCCAUGACCUUGUGCAGCAUGUCAGUGAUGUGGAUGUUGAAGAUGCUAUGGGGCAGACAGCGCUGCACGUGGCCUGCCAGAAUGGUCACAAGACGACAGUGCAAUGCUUGCUAGACAGUGGUGCUGAUAUUAACAGGCCAAAUGUAUCAGGAGCCACUCCAUUGUACUUUGCUUGCAGUCAUGGUCAGAGAGAUACAGCACAGAUUCUUCUAUUACGAGGAGCCAAAUAUUUGCCAGAUAAAAAUGGAGUAACCCCUCUGGAUUUAUGUGUACAGGGUGGAUAUGGAGAGACUUGUGAAGUAUUAAUUCAAUAUCACCCCAGGCUUUUCCAGACUAUUAUUCAAAUGACACAGAAUGAAGACCUCCGAGAAAACAUGUUACGGCAAGUUCUAGAACAUUUAUCUCAGCAAAGUGAAAGCCAGUACCUGAAGAUUCUAACAAGCCUGGCUGAAGUUGCUACAACAAAUGGUCAUAAACUGCUUAGCUUAUCUAGCAAUUAUGAUGCUCAAAUGAAGAGCCUUUUAAGGAUUGUGAGAAUAUUUUGUCAUGUCUUUCGAAUUGGUCCAUCCUCUCCUAGUAAUGGAAUCGACAUGGGCUACAAUGGGAAUAAAACUCCAAGAAGCCAGGUGUUCAAGCCUCUGGAAUUGCUUUGGCACUCAUUAGAUGAAUGGCUAGUUUUAAUAGCUACCGAAUUGAUGAAAAACAAAAAGAACUCAACAGAUAUCACUUCUAUUUUACUGAAACAAAAAGGCCAAGAUCAAGAUGCUACUUCCAUUCCUCCAUUUGAACCUCCAGGACCUGGGAGCUAUGAAAAUCUGUCCACUGGCACAGGGGAAUCUAAACCAGAUGCUCUUGCAGGGAAACAGGAAGCCAGUGUAGAUUGUCAGGAUGUUAUUUCUAUGACAGCUAACCGGCUAAGUGCUGUCAUUCAAGCUUUUUACAUGUGCUGUUCUUGUCAGAUGCCUCCAGGAAUGACUUCACCCCGUUUCAUUGAAUUUGUCUGCAAACACGAUGAAGUUUUAAAAUGCUUUGUUAACAGAAAUCCCAAAAUUAUAUUUGACCACUUUCACUUUCUCCUUGAAUGUCCUGAAUUGAUGUCAAGAUUCAUGCAUAUCAUAAAAGCACAGCCAUUUAAAGAUCGUUGUGAAUGGUUUUAUGAACAUUUGCAUUCAGGACAACCAGAUUCAGACAUGGUACACAGGCCAGUGAAUGAAAAUGAUAUCCUGCUUGUUCAUAGAGAUUCUAUUUUUAGGAGUAGCUGUGAAGUUGUGUCAAAAGCAAAUUGUGCAAAGCUAAAGCAAGGGAUUGCUGUACGGUUCCAUGGAGAGGAAGGCAUGGGUCAAGGUGUUGUGCGUGAGUGGUUUGAUAUUCUGUCUAAUGAGAUAGUCAAUCCUGAUUAUGCAUUGUUUACCCAGUCAGCUGAUGGAACAACUUUUCAGCCUAAUAGCAACUCCUAUGUAAAUCCUGAUCACUUGAACUAUUUUCGGUUUGCUGGGCAGAUUUUGGGAUUAGCUUUGAACCAUAGACAGCUGGUCAAUAUUUACUUCACUCGGUCAUUCUACAAGCACAUUCUUGGUAUUCCUGUAAAUUACCAAGAUGUGGCAUCCAUUGAUCCAGAAUAUGCCAAAAAUUUGCAAUGGAUUUUAGAUAAUGACAUUAGUGAUCUAGGUCUAGAACUAACUUUUUCUGUUGAGACUGAUGUGUUUGGAGCAAUGGAAGAGGUGCCUUUGAAACCUGGAGGUGGAAGUAUUCUUGUGACACAAAAUAACAAAGCAGAAUAUGUCCAGCUUGUUACUGAACUUCGAAUGACAAGAGCCAUUCAGCCUCAGAUCAAUGCUUUCUUACAAGGCUUUCAUAUGUUCAUUCCACCUUCCCUCAUACAGCUUUUUGAUGAAUAUGAAUUGGAGCUACUGCUUUCUGGCAUGCCAGAAAUUGAUGUGAGUGAUUGGAUAAAAAAUACAGAAUACACAAGUGGCUAUGAAAGAGAAGAUCCAGUUAUUCAGUGGUUCUGGGAAGUUGUGGAAAAUAUUACUCAAGAGGAGAGAGUUCUUCUCUUGCAGUUUGUUACUGGCAGUUCCAGGGUCCCGCAUGGUGGGUUUGCUAAUAUCAUGGGUGGAAGUGGAUUGCAAAACUUUACAAUUGCUGCUGUGCCAUAUACUCCAAAUCUUUUACCGACUUCAAGUACGUGCAUCAACAUGCUCAAGUUACCUGAAUACCCAAGUAAAGAAAUACUCAAGGACAGACUUCUUGUGGCACUACAUUGUGGCAGCUAUGGUUACACAAUGGCAUAAUGAAGUCUAGAAAACUCAUCUGACUACUGAUGCACAAUUCAGAGUGGCAGAAGUAAUUUAAGAAACUGUCAACAGAAAAGCAGCCUAAAUGCAACCCAUAGGCAGGGCUAAUGUUUAAAAUUCAUAAAGGAUCAGGUUUUCUGUUUUUUUCUCUCUCUUUUCUCUUUUAUGUUUUCUCUGUGAAACAAUUAGAAAAUGUAAAAAUCACAGUAGACGUUUUAAAAAUGCUAAUUGAAAGUAGUAGAAACUCUUCCUUUUUUCAUAUUUAAUUUUAUCUAACAUUGUGUUAAGGAAAAUCUUGUUCUACAUUCCACCUCUGCCUGUAACUGUCUUGUUAAAAGGGUAUUUUCUCUUUAUUUUUCUAUAUAGUAAAUUAUAUAAGGAUCCAACUGCUGGUAUGUUGUUUUAUUGCAUGUAAAGUGCCAUUUAUAUUUGGAAAACUAUUGUAUAGGAUGGAUUAAUUUAGAUUGUGUAUAAAGCCACAAAUAUGUAUUUUCCCACAUUGUAUUCUAUAUUGCAAUGAUUUUUUUUAGCUUUGUAAUAUUUUAAUAUAUAAUACAGAAUUUAGACUGGUGUUACUAACAGCUGAUGUAUAUAUUAAAGCUUACACUAUAUUGUGUGAAUUAUUUGCAUCUUAUCAGUGGUCAGUUUUCCAUAUGUAUAUAUUGUGGUCUCAAAGUUUUUCUUAUGCCUUAUUUUAAUUUAUAAUGAAGGUAAAAUUAUAAUAUUUUGCCAUAUUUUUUCAUUACCUUGUGAGUGCUGAGGAUACAUCUGAAGAAGUAAUCUGAUGUGCAGAUUACAAUUUAAAUAAGUAAUGUUUUACUUCUGAAACUUGCUUUUGUGAUUAAAAUGUCAAGUUCAAGUGAUACAUGCCUAACAUAGGGUUUUUGAAGUUUUGGGUGGUCUGAUCAAUUUUCUUUUGAAAAGAUAUACUGGAGUAGUUUCAGCAUACAUUUGAAUGGGAAGUGGGAACACUCAUAGAAAUGCUAACGAAUUUGUAAUGGUUAGGACCUUGCCUCUGGAAACUAAAAAUAGAAUAUUCAGUGACAUUACUAUUGGUAAAAUGACAUAUACAGAUUUUCUCUUGAGCAGCCAGUGUAUUUGUCAGUGAUAUUUAAUUGAGAGACACAUACAUUGAAAGCUUUGUUAAAUUAUAAACCUUCUUUAAUGCUUUGUUUUUGGUUCUUUCUUGUUACUGUUGGUUUUCUUCCUUAAUAUUAAGAAAGUAUAUCUCAACAGAUUACAUGAAAUUUAGGACUUGUUUAAAAAUUACUGUUAAUCUCUAAAAUGAAGAUUUAAAUAUUUUAUUUACAAUAACUGAAGCUAAUAAUGUUUUAAGUUUUGAUUUUUUGAAACUUGUAUAAAAAGUCAUUGCCUUUUGAAUUUUCAAAUAGGUAAUUGACUACUUUCAUAUUACAUUACUUAUAAUUUUAAUGUUUACAGACAUCUAUUUCUGUUUAUAAUCAUACAAAACAUUGGCUUUGUCAGCUUGGUUUUUCUGCAAGUAUUUAUGUAAAAUAGUUGAUAAUA